AUGUCUGGCUUGGCCAUGGAAGCUUCUCCGUUUAGUUGUUGUGACAGGUUUGAACCGCGUCGCACAACCAGCCUCCCAAGACCAGUUUGGCUUCCUUUCUGGACAGGCCGUAUGGUGUAUGGGCGGCCCAGGCGAGUCGUGAGAUUGGCCUUGUCCUUGGUAGGGGCCUAUGGAAGGGGUAGUCGAAACAAUUUCGAUGGUACUGCUGAAACUCUGACGCGUAGGUUGAACAAUUGGCUGGCUGUCGGUUGUGUGGAUUUGAUGCCGGGCUGUGCAACCUGCCUAGGUGCACAACAAUGUCGUGCUCAACUGGCUAACAUGGUAUGGUGA